GAUAUUUCUAAAUUGACGAAAUGUCACAUGCGUUUACUUAUAUCAGUGCAUGCAUAACAAGCUAACCAUUACGAAACGUCUAUUGUGUCAAUAUAGUAUUGUAUUUACCUCACAUAGCAAAUUAACAAUUCCAUUUUCCGUUGACCUCCAUACAAAAAUUCCUCACGUCGUGGGCAGAUUUUGGUUGGAGUAAAAGCUCUCGCUUCACCUUUUCCUCUCUGUAGCUGCACAUAUAACUACGCGAUUCACAUUGUUGCUAGCAUAUUUAAACCAAAUUAUCAGCAUUUUACUUAGAUACAAAGUUUCAAUCAUCCGCAGAAGUCAGACCGAUCUCUGUUUAGUUUUCGCAAACGUUUGAAAAUGUUGAGCAGUGUUUCUCUCCGCGCUCAGAUCGCUUCCAUCAUAGAGGUACUUUCUAAAACUGCAGUUUCAGAAAUUAGCAAAGUAUUCGACGAUGGCAUAGUUGUGUUACGUGUGGAAAUGUGUCGACGGGAAAAUGAAAUCAACGUCCUGAAAAAUAAUGUACAACAACUUGACAGCGAGCUUCGAAGAGCUCGAGGGAUUAAUGCUCGAAGACGCAUUCAUCAUGGUCGAUCAGUUGCUGCUGAGAAUUUUAGGAGAGGGCCUGGUAAAAGUGGUACCACUUGUGAGGGGAAGACCUCGCUUGAAAAACUGCAGCCUGAGGAAGAUUUUAAUGAAAAGGAUGAAGGAGUUGGACCUGCAGAUGAGAUUCUGGUGAAGACUGAGCCAGGAGGAGAGGGUCAACAGGAAGAGCAGACUACAGGGUUAAAAGACAAGGAAGCAUCACGCAGCAGUGUUUUCUUUCCAGGGAAACCAUAUUUAGAGUCAGACGUCAGAGAGGAUAUGAUUUUACAGCUCAGACAGCAACAACGUCAUCGGCAGUCAGACGCGCUCAGGAGAACAAGCAACGGCACAGUACAGUCAAACACAGACCCUCAAUGUGUAUUGGGUUCUGACCCAAAUUAUAAUACGACAAGGAGAGCGAGCAACCGAAUAUUUUUCCAGGUUAAGAAACACUUCAUUUGCACACUGUGUGGAAAGAGUUUUGAACGUUACGGCCAUCUUGAAAGACAUCUACGAAUUCAUACGGGUGAGAAACCAUACAGCUGUGACCUAUGUGGAAGGUGUUUCAACCAGAAGGGUAGCCUCAAAGGGCAUCUGAAGACUCACAGAGUAUCGAUGGACGGACUAGCUAACAACGAAGAGAAGCCUCUCCUGGAUGGACGUCAGUCUGAGGAAGAGCAGAUGAACGAGAAGGACGAAGUGUUCCAAACUGCUCCUCAGAUGCCCAUGAAGUCUGAGCCAGGGGAGGACAAGGAUGCAUUCCAGACACUAGAUCAUAAAGCAGGAGAACAGACUGCAGGAAGAGCAGAACAGCAACUGGAUGAUGACUUGUCAACGUACGAGAGAGACGGCCGGCCGUGGAUGUCCAGUUCACAAGCAGACAACGAUAUGGAGACGAGCAAUUCAGAAUAUUUCAUCAGUUCAGGAAGGGUGGAGGCGUCAUGUAGCAGUGCUUCAUCUCCAGGGAAACCAUAUGUAGAUGUCAGCGAGGAUAUGAUUUUACAGCUCAGACAGCAACAUUAUGGACCUUCAGACACACUCUUGAUAGCAAGUGACGGUACAGUACAGCCAAACUCGCAGGUCACGGACGGGGCUUCUCUGAACCAUCCUCCCAUCUUCUCCAGUUGUCCGGAAAGGAAGGUGAAAACCUUCCAAGGAGUCACCAAGGACAAGAAGUGCUUCAUCUGCUCAUUCUGUGGGAAGGUUUUUGAGCGUGUUGGUCAUCUGGAAAGGCACCAGCGAAUUCAUACGGGUGAGAAACCGUAUAGUUGUGACAUAUGUGGAAGGUGUUUCAACCAGAAGAGUAGCCUCAAAGGACACCUGAAGACUCACAGAGACGAUGCUGACAUGCUAACGGGACAAUCUCUGCUUGAUGAUAAGAAGCCUGACUUUUAUCCUAGACCCUCGGAGAACCCAGAGGAACCGAGGGAUCAGCCCUCACCUGGUGAAGCACAGCCUAGCUCCGGGCACAGUGAGGAGGAGGAGGAGGGCAGGGGGCAGGGGUUGGUGGGGGGAGCAGAGAAAGAGAAGCAGUUUGAAUCCCAGAUACUCAGUCAGUCAGGACCUCAACACCAAAAAAGCACAGAGCGACCAGGUUACCAGGACGACCCAGAGUAUGUCAUGGAUGAGAGGGAGAGUCAGCUGUGUAGAUCUUUCACAGAGAGGCACAGUGAUAUGGAGUCUGGAUCACUAAAUCCAGGUUGCUCCUCCGAUGCGACAAAGCAGCAGAACUCCCAUCCUGUUUCACCCAGUGUCAAAUACCAUCACAGUCCUUUUGAUGGACUGCACCACCACCACGGGUUCUAUACGUCAGCUUCUAGAGAGGUGGAACUUGAAGAUUUGUCUUUUCAGGAUGAGAAAGACAAGCUGGAUGUGAUUGAGCAAGAGCAGUAUGCAGGGGUGGUUCUACAUGCAAGGAACAGGGAGGAUGGUGAUGGAACAGUACUAACCAGGUUUCAGGACCGGGUACCACCGUCACCACUACCUGUAGAGGAGGAAACUGCAAUGAGAGCGUACAUCACAGAACCAAACUACAGUCAAGAGGGGAUUUUAUUUGCCCUUGGCAUAGACAGUUUUGACAGUACAGAGGGAACCAGUGCCACUACAGACGACACAAGAAAUAGAUGUUUCAUAUGCUCCUUUUGUGGAAAGAGUUUUGAUCGCCAUAGUCAUUUUGAAAGACACCUGCACACUCAUACUGGUGAGAAGCCCUACAGCUGUGAGAUAUGUGGUAAGACUUUCACUCAGAAGAGCAGCCUGAAAGCUCAUCAGAGACUUCAUACAGGUUAAUCAAGGGCCAAAGAGUCUUAUGUGUGUUCCAAAUGGCACCCUAUUCCUUAUUUAGUGCACUACUUUUUAGGGUAGGAAUUACCAUUUGGGGGACACACUUACUGAAAGUUGUUUUUACCUCAUCAAAACUCAAGUCAACACCAGUUAAUGAGUAUGGGACAUUUGGCUGCUAUUGUUAACAUGUUGAUGGUGUUGCAACACUUUAGAAGUCCAACUAAAUUGUGUUGAUAAGAUGUCUUAUUUGUUUGUUUGAUAUGGUCGUUUUGACUUUUAAAUUAUUUAUAUUUUUGACCUUUUAAUUGAGAAUCAAUUCUCAUUUACAAUAGCGGUAUUCAAAUGUUGGUGUUACGUAAAAAGGAAAAUUUGAGUAGUUCUUUGUUUUAAUGUCAUCAGGUAUCAUCUCUCUCAUAAUGUAAAAGUAUUUUUAAGAAAAACUUUCCUGCAUCAACCUUAUGGAUCAUUGAUCCAAUUUAACAUGUAGGCUACAUAUCCAUUUUUGUUUGUUUGUGAAGACCUUGAUGGUAGGGUUGCCUCUUUAACCCUUGAUCAUGACUCUGUUGCAUUACAUUACACAUGAGUCAUUGGAGUAAGCGUCUUCUGUUCGGGGAAGUUUUAAGAGCCUAGACAUUCGGUCUGAACAUUGCCACGCGUACCACUGGUACAGUUUUGGAAGCAUAAGGAUCAUAUCAGCGAGGAAAAUACAUUUUUAAAAGUUAAAUUGAUACCUUUUUCAUAGGGUUAGUGUUUCCACAAGGCUGAUUAGUGAUGAUCUCCUAACACCUGUGUGUAAAUGGAUGCCACCACAAACACAGAAAAAUACUGUCUUCUGCAACUGUAGAGGGUUUAUGUAUCUAGAACCAACUGCUGCAAUUGAGAAUAGAUUCACGUUUAGAUGGCGUAUUUGGCUCUUUUGGUUUCCAGACCCAAUUCGCCUCUAAACAGAACAUCCUUGGACAAUAAGGAGUAAAGUUAGGCUCUAUUAGUUCAUCAUUGGGCUAGGUUGUUGUUCAAAUGAUUGGUUUUUUUACUCUAGCUAUCUUAACCCAGGAAAAUCACACUCAUUUAUUGUUGCUUUGAUUAGUUUUUUUUGGGGGGGGGGGGGGUUUCUGCUUGUGGAUUUCUGAAAUAAAUGUAAAAUUGUGAACGUCUCAAUUUUGUGUGUUAAUUGUUUUAUUUAGUAACAAUAAAAUAAAAUGUUUUAUA